UAUUAGAAAGGUUUAUGGAGAGAGAAAAUGAAAACCCUCUUUCAGCAGACCUCAUCCACUUCAGACUGUAAUUGCUCGUCACUCUUCUGUUAAAGCCCUUUCAAAACCCUAGUUUUUUGCUUGCAAUGGCUUCUUCAACUUGCCCUCAGUUCCUUCAUCUACCCAGGUGGCGUGCAAACUAUCCUCCCUUUUCCUCGACGAACUUUCUUCAGCUUCAAGAUUUUAGAUUUCCUAGAAAAUUGAGUCUCUUAGUUGCUGCCAGGAAGAAAGCUUCCGAUUCCCUGGCGCAGGAGGGAUUGAAUUUGAAUGAGGAGAUUGUUGAAGAUAAAAAACCAGCUAAAAGAGGAGCUCCCAGAAAAAGUAGGAAGAAGGUUGAAACAGAAUCUCAAGAUCUAUCACAGGUCAGUGAAAUUAUCAAUGAUGCAGAUUCUGAACCCGUUGAAGAAGAAUCCAGGAAACCCCGAAAAACUCGAACUAAAGCUAAAUCUACUUCUAGUGGAUUGACAGAGGAAAAAGUUGAGAAAAAGGUAACAAGGCGGAGGAGAAUCAAUAAAAACAGUGAUGAACAAAAGGAGGAAGAAGAAGUAGGAAAAGAAGAAGAAAGAAAAGAAGAAGUAAGCUGGUUGGAACAGAGUGUUGAUGGUGAAGAUGAUCUUUUCGUUUUAAGUGAUGGUGAAGAAUCCGAUGAUCAGGAUGAUCUAAACCUAGAUAAAGAUGAUGAUGAUGACAUAAGUUCAACUUACGAAUGGCCUCCUCUUGUUUGUUGUUUUGGUUCUGCUCAACAUGCUUUCAUCCCAUCAGGAAGGCCAGCAAAUCGACUUGUAAACUACGAAAUUCAGGAUCGAAUGGCAGAUGCAGUCUGGAUUCCCGAGAAAUUCGUUAGAGCUCCAGGUGGAUCGGCAAGCAAUGUUGCCCUAGCUCUAGCGAGCUUGGGGGGUCGAGUUGCCUUCAUGGGAAGCUUAGGUGAUGAUGAUUAUGGUCAGUCCAUACUGUAUCUCUUGAACAUUAGCAAUGUCCAGACUCGAUCAGUUCGAAUUGACAGUGGAACAGAAACAGCUAUAACACACAUGAAAAUCGCCAAGAAAGUUGGAGGCGGAUUGAGAUCGACAUCUGUCAAACCCUCUGCAGAGGAUUCGUUGUCAAAGUCAGAUAUCAAUAUCGAUGUUUUAAGAGAGGCUACUAUGUUCUAUUUUAAUACAUUACCAAUUCUUGAUCGGAAAAUGAGAUCAACUACAAUGAAAGCGAUUAAGAUCGCAAAGAAGCUGGGGGAGCUUGUAUUUUACGACGUUAACCUUCCAAUGCCGCUGUGGCGAUCUGCAGAAGAAGCUAAAUCGUUUACACGAAAGGUCUCGGUUCUUGCUGAUAUUAUUGAGGUUUCCAAACAAGAAUUGGAAUUUCUGUGUGGGAUUAAAACGGAAGAGAAAUUUGAUACUAGAGACAACGACAGCUCUAAGUUUGUUCAUUAUCCACCCGAACUGAUUGAACCGAUUUGGCACGAAAACUUAAAGGUGUUGUUUGUAACAAACGGGACUUCUAAAAUACAUUACUAUACUAAGGAACAUAAUGGUUCUUUUCGAGGAAUGGAAGAGGCGCCAAUCAGUUCUUUCAAUAGCGAAAUGUCUGCUUCUGGGGAUGGAAUUGUCGCAGGUUUGAUGAGGAUGUUGAGUGUUCAACCGCAUCUAAUCAAUGAUAAAGGAUACUUGGAACAAACCGUGAAGUAUGCGAUCAACUGUGGUGUUAUCGAUCAAUGGCUGGAGACGAGGAAAAGAGGCUACCCGAUUAAAGAAGGUAUGGAUGAAGUUCCUGACGAAAACGGCUUAAUGUCCAUCACCGAGAGGGAAUACAGAACGCCGGUUCGAGUAAGCUGAAUUUGUUCGAGAACAGACUAUUACGCAUAAUUCUUGAAUAUUUUGGAAUUUUUUUGAAAUCACCAAAAUGAAAUUAUAUUAUAUUAGCUUACAU